CAUUAUUAUGUAUUGGGUGAGAGGAUGCGUGUUGGAACCAAACAGUGCAAAUUGCGGCCCCCGAUCCCCAGCUACUACUCCCUACGCUAAAAUUUCAAUUCGGGAAGCUUCAUAGCUUGUAAAUAAAUACGGCGCAAUCCCAUUUUGUGUAAAGGGAAAACUUCAUACCAGAAGAUGCAGAAAUUAUUUGCGGUGAGGUCCCUGACUUCUUCGAUAUUCAAGAAACACUACCGCCAUGCUGCUGCUGCUGCUUUCUCCACGUCCCUCCUCUUUGAUGAUACCCAGAAACAGUUUAAAGAAAGUGUGGCUCAGUUUGCUCAAGAAAACAUUGCCCCUCAUGCAUCAAAAAUAGACAGAUCAAAUUAUUUUCCAGAGGAUGUUAAUUUGUGGAAACUGAUGGGGGAUUUUAAUCUCCAUGGAAUCACUGCCCCAGAGGAAUAUGGAGGACUGGGCCUUGGCUAUUUGUACCACUGCAUAGCUAUGGAGGAAAUUAGCCGUGCUUCAGGGUCAGUUGGUCUGUCAUAUGGUGCACAUUCCAACCUAUGCAUCAAUCAGUUGGUGAGGAACGGAAAUGCUGCUCAAAAGCAAAAGUACUUACCAAAGCUAAUAAGUGGGGAGCAUGUAGGAGCUCUGGCAAUGAGCGAACCCAAUGCUGGCUCGGAUGUCGUUAGCAUGAAAUGCAAAGCCGACCGUGUUGAUGGUGGUUACGUUCUAAAUGGGAAUAAGAUGUGGUGCACAAAUGGUCCUAUUGCUCAGACACUGGUUGUCUAUGCAAAAACAGAUAUGACAGCUCGCUCAAAAGGAAUAACCGCAUUUAUCAUAGAGAAGGACAUGCCUGGAUUUAGUACUGCCCAGAAACUGGACAAACUUGGGAUGCGUGGAAGUGAUACAUGUGAGCUUGUUUUCGAAAAUUGCUUUGUUCCUGAAGAAAAUGUUCUGGGCAAGGAAGGGAAAGGAGUUUAUGUCAUGAUGUCGGGGUUAGAUCUGGAGAGACUUGUUCUGGCAGCAGGGCCUCUUGGAAUCAUGCAGUCAUGUCUUGAUGUUGUUCUGCCCUAUAUCAAACAGCGAGAACAAUUUGGCAAACCGAUUGGAGAAUUUCAAUUUAUACAGGGAAAGAUUGCUGACAUGUAUACUUCAUUACAGUCUUCAAGGUCAUAUGUGUACUCGGUUGCUAGGGAUUGUGACAGUGGAGCUGUUAAUCCAAAGGACUGUGCUGGUGUUAUACUCUGUGCAGCUGAAAGAGCUACACAAGUUGCACUUCAGGCGAUUCAAUGUCUGGGUGGCAAUGGUUAUGUAAAUGAAUAUCCGACUGGGCGUCUUCUCCGUGAUGCCAAAUUAUAUGAAAUUGGAGCUGGAACCAGUGAAAUUCGACGAAUGAUAAUUGGUCGCGAGCUCUUUAAGGAACAGUGAGGGAGAAGGUCCACAAAUAUUGUGAUUACAGGAUCUUAGCAUUCUUCUGAUGGCACCUGCACUUGGCCUCACCCUGCUGCUCAAAAUGUACGUGCCUUCUUAUGCUCUUUAUACUUGCAAUGUAAACUGUAAAAACUCGUCUUUGACGACAGAAGAAAAGGACACAUUUAUCCCUAUUGAUAAACAGAUACCUUUCCUGCA